AAUCCUCAGGAAAGAAAGAUGUGCAGAGCCUUGUUGUAAUUUGCUGAAGGAGGCAAGAAGAAGCAUGCUAGAUGUAAAGAGGGGCUUUCCUGUGCUCAUUGAGGAGUGAAAGUCGCCGCACAUGUCAGGCUAAAGGCAGUUGUUGGGUUACUAACAGGACAGCGCGUCUUGCAAACAUAUGCGAUCCCUGUGUAUACAGAUGGUGCGGAGAAUAAUGGAGCAGGCGCCUUUUAUAAAGCUCUGGCUGCUGCUGCUGCUGCCUGUCUUCAGAGCUGGGAAAUGAAAGUGCUCAGACUCCGGGCCAGCGAGCAACUGGGAUUGUUUGUUACCGUUUUAAUCCUAUUAAUUAAAACGUUAACCUGAUUGGGUAGAAAGCUGUGUCCCAACAGGCGAGUCUUCUUCAUAAUAACCUACUCAGAGAUAAUGAUGUAAAAGACUCCCCCGUCUGUGCCUGCCGCUGCUUCAUGGCUCCGGAAAUCUCUUGAAGGUGAAUCCAAGCAAGAGAAGAGCGAGAGAGAGAGAGAAGAGAGAGAAGAGAGAGAAGAGAGCAGAUCUGUAGAGCUCAGAAUGCCUGAGCACAGGGCAACCGGCUGGAGCUGAGCGGACCACAGCCUACUGAGCUGGACCUCUGCCGCCUGGAUCACCCCGGACCUCUGCCGCCUGGGUCAUCCCGGACCUCUGCCGCCUGGGUCAUCCCGGACCUCUGCCUGGCACAUCCCGGACCUGAGCCACCGGAGCUGAGCAGCCAGGGUGAUCCCGGACCACAGCUGAGCCGGACCCGACAUUGGAGUUAAGCCUAAACCAGCGCACCGAGCAGGACUUUAUCCACUACAACUGACCCACUAGACCUGAACCGGACUUGUACCCCCAAAUCUGUGCCUAAGUUGACCCCUUAACACUGAGAAGGACAUGAACCCUUACAUCUGUGCCUAAGCUGCCCCAAUCCAACUGAGAAGGACUUCAACUCCCAAAUCUGUGUCUAAGCUGACCCACUACUGCUGAGAAGGACUCGUACCCCCAAAUUCUAUGUCUAAGCUGGUACACUACUGCUGAGAAGGACUUGUACCCCCCAAAGUCUAUGUCUAAGCUGAUCCACUACGGCUAAGAAGGACUCGUACCCCCAAAUUAUAUGUUAAGCUGAUCCACUACUGCUGAGGACUUGUACCCCCCAAAGUCUAUGUCUAAGCUGAUCCACUACUGCUGAGAAGGACUCGUACCCCCAAAUUCUAUGUCUAAGCGUAUGCACUACUGCUGAGGACUUGUACCCCCCAAAGUCUAUAUCUAAGCUGACCCACUACUGCUGAGAAGGACUCAUACCCCCAAAUUCUAUGUCUAAGCUGAUACACUACUGCUGAGAAGGACUUGUACCUCCCGAAAUAAAAUGUCUAAACUGACCCAAUACAGCUGAGAAGGACUUGUACCCCUAAAUCUGUGUCUAAGCUGACCCACUACUGCUAAAAAAAAAGACUUGUACCCUUAUAUCUGUGCCUAAGCUAACCCACUACAGCUGAGAAGGACUUGUACCCCCAAAUUCUAUGUCUAAGCUGACACAAUACCGCUGAGAAGGACUUGUACCCCUAACAUUGUGACCCACUACUGCUAAAAAGGACUUGUACCCUUAUAUCUGUGCCUAAGUUGACUCACCACAGCUGAGAAGGACUUGUAUCCCCAAAUCUAUGUCUAAACUGACCCACUACUGCUGAAAAGGACUUAUACCAUCAAAAUCUAUUUCUAAGCUGACCCACUAAAACUGAACCGGAGUUGAACCUGAUAUGGAGUACUGAGCAGGACUAGGCGCUUGAGAGUUGACCCAAUACAGCUGAGAAGGACUUGUACCCCCAAAUGUGUUUCUAAGCUGACCCACUGCUGCUAAGUGCUAAGAAAAACUUGAAGCUAACACAAUAUUGCUGAGAAGGAUUUGUACCCUCAAAUCUAAGUCUAAGCUGACCCAUUACUGCUGAGAAGGACUUGUACCUCCAAAUCUGUGUCUAAGGUAAUCCAAAACAGUUAAGAAGAACUUGUACCCCCAAAUCUGUGUCUGAGCUGACCCACUACUGCUGAGAAAGACUUAUACACCCAAAAUCUGUGUCUAAGGUGAUCCAAUACAGGUGAGAAGGACUUGUACCACCAAAUCUGUGAUUAAGCUGACCCACUACUGCUGAGAAGGACUUGAACCCACAAAAUAUGUGUCUAAGCUGACCCACUACUACUGAGAAGAACUUGAACCCACAAAAUCUGUGUCUAAGCUGACACACUACUGCUGAAAAGGACUUGUACCCCACAAAUCUGUGUCUAAGGUGAUCCAAUACAGCUGAAAAGCACUUGUACCCCCAAAUCUGUGAUUAAGCUGACCCACUACUGCUGAGAAGGACUUGAACACCCAAAUCUAUGUCUAAGCUGACCCGGACCUGAUAGAGAACACUGAGCAGAACUUGACCCAAUGGAGCUGCCCUGCUAGAACUGAGUUGGAUCUGACACUGCAGUUGAGCCUGAGUUGAACCCCAAACCCUGGAGCUGAUCUGAACCUGACUCUGCCGCUGAGCCGGACCCAUUAGACUGGGGAAAGGACCACCCGGCUGUGACCACCCUAAAGUGAGCAGGACCCCCCCCCCCCCCCCCCCAGGUGGAAGCUGUGCAUGAUUGACUGGUGUGACAGGUCAAGUGUAAAGUGAGGACUGGCCAUGGAGAGGGCUCUGAACAUGACAGAUGAGGACCUGUUCCACAAGAGUCUGAGUAUGUCCGCUAAGAGGAUGGAGUCCGCCUUCCGCACCCCCCAGGGUCUGGACUUAUCCCAGCCGGGAGAUCGCUCCCCCCUACAUUGUUACGACGGACCCGAUCCUUCAGAUCUGCUCCGACACCACCAGGGCUCGGGCUCCUCGCUGUCAGCUGGUGGAGGGAUGAUCGGGGGAACGGGGGAGUCUCUGGCGCUCAGCAAUGCACUCAGCAUGUGCGCUAAGUACGGGGAGAGCGCCGGGAGGGUGUCGGUGGCGGAAAGCAGCGGAGGAGAGGAUCAGAGCCCAGAUGAUGAUAGUGACGGGCGCUGCGAUCUGGUGCUGAGGCCGGGAGAUCUCAGGUCCUCCCAGGCGGGCAUGAAAUCGGACGGCCCCUGCGGUCCCGUGACAGGCAAGAAGUCGAAAGAACAGAAAGCCCUGAGGCUGAACAUUAACGCCCGGGAAAGGAGGCGCAUGCACGACCUGAACGAUGCCCUGGACGAGCUCCGAGCUGUCAUCCCCUAUGCCCACAGCCCCUCAGUCCGGAAACUCUCCAAGAUUGCCACCCUGCUCCUGGCCAAGAACUACAUCCUCAUGCAAGCCCAGGCGCUGGAGGAGAUGAGGAGGCUGGUGGCUUAUCUCAACCAAGGCCAGGCCAUCUCCGCCGCCUCCAUCCCUAACCCUGCUGCUGCUGCCGCUGCCGCCGCCGCCGCUGCUGCGGCCCUGCACCCACUGAGCGCCUACGAGCAGGCGGCUGCCAGCGCUGCUGCCUACCCGUUCAGCACCGGGCUCCAAGCUGCCAGCUCCUGCCCAGACAAAUGUGCCCUCUUCAACAACGUCUCUUCCAGUCUGUGCAAGCAGUGUACAGACAAGCCUUAGCAUCCUUUAGCCAAGGAGCUGGCAUCAGCUGGCAGCAGAGGGACAAUUCCCACCAAGUCAUUGGAAAGAACUUGCGACCACUUGGCUUGUCCAUCAUCCCCACUUUGCAUUUGAUUUUUUUACUUUUCUCCAACCUUGAUAGACAAAACCCGACAAUUCAGUUCUCCAUGUGCCCAUCUCACUGGUGGUGACAAAUGGCAACAGCCUGUGCGGGAAAUUUCCAUUAUUUAUGUUACAAAAUCGCUGCUCAUUGAAAAAAAAACUGCUAAUGAUUGCAAAGCCUAUUUCCUUUAUAACUGACACUUCUGAGAAAUUAGAAAUAAAACAAAAAAGGGCACUUGAAUUUGAUAAUGUUUUUGAGCCAGGAAAACACUUGAAAUAUUAUAGACUUAUUUAAUUAAAAAAAAAAAAGAACUCAACCUUACAAGGUUAUAAAAUCAUUUGUAUUUUUUAUCGUUGUCUGAACUUUGUAUGAUGAUGACAUUGCUUCAAAUAUUUUGGUGAGGAUGUUGAACUGGCAUGCAGACCAGAGAAGUGUCUGGGGUUGGGGGGGUGAAAGAUUUUUUUUUUGGUGCACCUUGUUGAUUAUUAUGGAAUGUUGUGUGGGAAUAAGUGGUAAUUUAUGUGUCACUAAUUCAAUAAUUGUUCCAAUUUAUUUAUCUUGUGUUCCAGUUGAAAGAAAGUGAGAUGCUUUUUAUUUUUUGUUUUUUUAUUUAUAUAUAUAUUUUUUUUUUGGUGAUGUGGGGGGGGGGGGGGACAUCUAUGCUAAAAUGAAUUUCUAAACUUGUGCCAAGUGUUUCAAAGCUAAUAAAAAAAGCCAGUAUAUCAGACAUUUUUUUAUGUUUGCGAACUGGAAAAAAAAAAUAGAACCAUUUUGAUCUGAAGUUGCAACUUAACUGUGUUUAAGCUAAGCUUUAAUAAAUGGCUUCCCUCUAAAAAAAAAAAAUCUGCAAGAGGAUGUGUAUUAUUAAUUGGGGAGUAUGCAUAAUUUUGUUCUUUUAAAUCAAUUGCAAUUCUGAUCCCAUUUAAUCUGAGAUAACUACAUCUGGCCUGGUUUGCAAUAAAAGAAAAUCAUAUCAACUGUUA